AUGAAUGGCCUCCCGAGCCCGCGAAGAGAGUCUCCUGGAGAAAGAGCAUCAGCUGCUGGACCAGCUGGAAGAUCCAAAGCCGGGAGUCUACGGAGAAGCAACCAACAGAAUUCCGUGGCUGUCAAGAAGAACAGUCGAUAUCCUCCUCCCGGCGGCAAUCCUCCCUCACUUCCUCCUCCCAAAGCGCGACUCCCAGCUCCACCUCCACCGACUGAUCCGCCUCCCAAAGCCCCACCUCCACGAGCACCACAUGAAAAAGAUGAAGAUUUCAAGAGACGUUUGCAGGCUGCGUCAAGAAAGCCAAUCGUUGCGGCAGCAUCGCCAACACGAGCCUCCACACCACCUAAAAGRCCUCCAAGACCAUCGAGUGAGUUGAUGCUGGACAGAUCCCAAUCGCAAUCCCCAUCGUUUAGACGCCUCAAACCGAGCAUCGAACGUGCGACAACCACCUCCUGCGCGUCGCCAAGAGGAGAGUCGCCUCUAAGACAAAUGACCAACAUGCAAGAAUCAAGAAUCAAACCCUCAGACCCACGACCUCUAUCCGGGGUGUUCCACGAGCCCUUCAUCCCAAUGGCAAAACCCUCGCGAGCAAGCGUACUAUCUCUUCAACGCCCACCUCUGUCAGAGGCAUCCAUCAAUGCCGCAGCAGCUCGGAUGAUUCGGGACAGGAGGGGUUCCGGAUCGACAACGUCAUCUCUCGCAAUGUCAUCAAUCAGUCUGCCAUAUCCUACGUUCACUACUGAGAGAGUAGUACCGGACCCGCCUCGCGCCACGAGUUUGAUAUCUUUGCGAAGAGCCCGCAGCACGUUUUCGGGCGGCGAUUCGCGAAGAGAGWAUACGAGGAGACAUGCGAGGAAGAAGAGUUCCGGUUUGGAUUCUCAGUCUCGUAGUGGAGUUAGGUCACUGCUUUCGAGGCGGAUUGAUGCUGCUAGUUUUUCUCGUUCUGUGCCUGUGCGGCCAGAGAUUCUCAACAUCGAUAAUUUAAAGAGAGCACCGAAGCAGCAAAGCGGCUUGGCAAAGUCCAUGAAGCCGACUUCACCUACAGCAGUGAAAACGUUGGGAAGGAGGAAGAGAAAGGGUGAGACGAUGAGUAUGCUUCUUGAUGUGAGUUUUCCAAAAGUUUGA